CACACACACACACACACACACACACACACACACACACACCUCAGUCCGGCGCAAGCCCCCAGAAAAGCCCCGCUGAAUCCUCGCAGCGCUGUCAGCAUGGGGAGCGCUUGUUUUUCCCGGGACGUUUGUUUGUUUAUCCUCCUCAUAAAUACUUGCGGGGUGAUGGGGAAUGUCGGCCUGCCAGAUGCGGACGAGUGCGCGGAGGGCUCGGACGACUGCCACAUCGACGCGCUCUGCCAGAACACGGCCAAGUCCUACAACUGCAUCUGCAAGCCGGGAUACAAGGGCGACGGCAAGCAGUGCGAGGACAUGGACGAAUGUGAGAACGACUACAACGGCGGCUGCGUCCACGAAUGCAUCAACAUCCCAGGAAACUACCGGUGUACCUGCUACGACGGCUUCAUGCUGGCCCACGACGGACACAACUGCCUGGAUGUGGACGAGUGUGUGGACAACAACGGCGGCUGCCAGCAGGUGUGUGUGAACACCAUGGGGAGCUACGAGUGUCAGUGCACGGACGGCUUCUUCCUCAGUGACAACCAGCACACCUGCAUCCACCGCUCGGACGAUGGAAUGAACUGCAUGAACAAAGACCACGGCUGUGCCCACAUCUGCAGGGAGGUCUCCAGCAAGGGCGCCGUGUCCUGCGAGUGCCGGCCGGGCUUCGAGCUGGCCAAGAACCAGAAGGACUGCACAUUGACGUGUAACUAUGGAAACGGCGGCUGCCAGCACACGUGCGACGACACGGACACGGGGCCGGUGUGCGGCUGCCACCAGAAGUACGCUCUGCACUCCGACAGCAAGACCUGCAUCGAGAAAGAUGAGGCUGCAAUUGAGAGCUCUGAGUUCAAUGCCACGUCAGUAGCUGAUGUGGACAAGCGGGUGAAACGGCGGCUACUUAUGGAGACCUGCGCCGUCAACAACGGCGGCUGCGACCGGACGUGUAAAGACACGGCCACCGGGGUGCGCUGCAGCUGCCCCGUGGGCUUCACCCUGCAGCCCGACGGCAAGACCUGCAAAGAUAGUGACGAGUCCUGA